UAAAGCAGAUCUAUAGAGCAGAGCUGACCUGGAACCAAGAAACUUACUCUGACUUUAGUCAUGUUUUAUAUAAGCCUAGGUAACUCAAGCAGGCCCUUUAGCAUGACCUAGUGGCAUGUGCAGUAAGAGUACAGCUGUCUGGGGUCAGAGGAAGUAGUUUUAUGAAUAUGCUGGUGUCGAGAUUGUAGAUAUGGAGACAGUGGGAUUAGAUGGGAUUAGAGGGUCUGUAUAAGAGAAAUCGCUCUCAGCUUCAGCAGGUGUUUGGCUGCUGGUCAACCAGGUCUACAGACUUCUUGGAUUUUUGAUUGUGUGCCAGAGCCACCAUGUCUGCUGCUGUGUUAGUGGCUGGUAUAUUGGGCCUUCUGCUGGGGACGGCCAUGCCUAUGUGCACACCCACUGAAUAUACCCUCUACAUUGAGAAGCCAGAGUGUGACUACUGUGUGGCUAUCAACACCACCAUAUGCAUGGGCUUCUGUUUUUCCAGGGACAGCAAUAUGAAGGAGCUGGUGGGGCCUCGCUUUCUGAUCCAGAGGAGCUGUACUUAUCAGGAGGUGGAGUACCACACAGCUGCUCUCCCCGGCUGCCCCCCGCACGCUGAUCCUCACUUCACCUACCCUGUGGCUCUCAGCUGCCACUGCAGCAUGUGUAACACACGCAGCGAUGAGUGUGCCCACAAAAGCAGCGGAUCCGGCGCUAGGUGUUCCAAACCGGUCAGACAUUUGUACUCCUAUCCUAUAGAGAGUGACCUCAUCCAACCUGGGUGGCUUCAGCUGUUGAAGUGACACCUUUUAGUACAGCUCAUGCCGUAAAUUCUGUCAGACUGGACACCCAAAGUAUUGAUUUGUGUUUUGACCUGAUCUGUUCAUGUAAUAAAAGCCACACAUGUAGUAAAAACAUGACACACUGUCAUGAUUGGAGUAGUUGUUUUGUUGGGUCUGGAGCUACUGGGAAUUUAUGUACUCUAAUACUCCAUAACAAGCCUGUUAUAUCCAUGAAUGUGGUCAUCCUGACAACCUUGACAGGUGCGUGCUACUCUUAAGGCCGGAAGUUACCAUAAGGCAUGAGUCAUUGUCUCCACAUCAUUCUGCCCUCCUGCAUGUACUGUGUUUUGCAUAGUGGUGGAACAAUAGACAACAUGGUUGCCCAUCAACAGUGGAUGACAUUCAUGAGCACUUGUUACUCAAGUAAAGUGAACUGGGACAAGGUUACUAUGCUGAACCUACUAAUUAAUCCUGCUGUGUGACAGAACACUUCACAUCUGACCUGGUAUGUUUUAAAAUGUGUAGUAGACUCUGAAGAGGGGUUCUUUAGUAAAGGCAAUGGUUUAUACCAUCGCUGUUACAAAGAAAAUCUAAUAUCUCCAAAUUGGUAAUUUUCCUUACAGAUAAGGAAAAGACAUUCUUAACUUAUAAAGGAAGUCAAUGUAACAAGAUUUUUUUUUCAAGUAAUUUUUGACUGCCCAUUCAUUCAUCAUAAAAUUUUAACACAAUGCAAAGAGUAACUGGAGUUUUCAAAUUAUGGAACAAAGAAAAAACAACAAAAAAACGAGAUACAAGGCUUACAGCUUACUGUUCUUUUUACAUAUACCAA